AUGGACAACCAGAUUUUGCCUGGAAAGAAAUUUCAGAAGCAGGAAAAGGUAAUUCUAAUUCUUACAAAGUUGUACGACUAUAACCUCGGGAGUGUCACUGAGAGCUCACUUUGGAGGUCGACUGACUAUGGAACGACAUACGAGAAACUCAAUGAUAAAGUGGGCCUGAAAACUGUGCUGAGUUACCUGUACGUCUGUCCUACCAACAAAAGGAAGAUAAUGCUCGUGAGUGAUCCAGAGAUUGAGAGCAGUGUCCUCAUCAGCUCAGAUGAAGGAGCAACCUAUCAAAAAUACCGGCAAAGCUUUCAGAUUCAAAGCAUGCUGUUCCACCCCGAGGAAGAAGAUUGGAUUCUGGCCUGUAGCCAAGACCAGAAGUUGUACAGCUCCAGUGACUUUGGAAGGAGGUGGCAGCUGAUUCAUGAACGAAUUACUCCAAAUCGGUUUUACUGGUCUGUAAUGGGUUUGGACAAGGACCCUGACCUCGUGCACAUUGAAGCAAGGAACACAGCUGGAUAUGCUCAGUAUGUUACCUGUCGAAUUCAGAAUUGUUCAGAAGCAGCAAGCAGCAAACCCUUCCCAGGAUAUAUAGAUCACAAUUCCUUGGUUGUCCAAGAUGACUAUGUCUUUGCUCAGGUGACAUCUGGUGGACGGGUGACUUACUACGUGUCAUAUCGAAGACAGAGCUUCACACAAAUGAAACUCCCCAAAUAUUCGUUGCCCAAGGAUAUGCACAUCAUCAGCACUGACGACAAUCAAGUGUUUGCCGCUGUGCAAGAAUGGAACCAGAAUGACACGUACAAUCUAUACGUGUCCGAUGCAGGAGGAGCUUACUUCACGAUUGCUUUAGAGAAUGUGAAAAGCAGCCGAGGCCCUGAGGGGAAUGUUAUGAUUGACCUUUAUGAGGUAGCAGGGAUAAAGGGAAUGUUCCUGGCUAACAAAAAGGUACAAAGACAGGUGAAGACAUUCAUCACCUAUAACAAAGGACGGGACUGGCGACUGCUUCAGGCUCCCACUGUGGAUGUCAGAGGCAACAAGAUUCACUGCAUUCUGCCGUACUGCUCUUUGAAUCUACACUUGAACGUGGCACAGAAUCCCUACACAUCAGGGAACAUCGGCAGCAAGGACUCUGCACCUGGUAUCAUUGUGGCCUCAGGCAACAUCGGCGCUGAGCUCAUAACAGAUGAGGAAAGUCACACUGGAGGCAUGUUCAUCUCAUCAGAUGCAGGGAACACCUGGAGACAGGUUUUUGACGAGGAGCAUAGCGUUCUGUUCCUGGACCAGGGAGGUGCGCUUGUGGCCAUUAAACACACACCACAGCCAAUCCGACAUCUAUGGUUGAGUUUUGAUGAAGGCCAGAGCUGGAGUAAAUACAGUUUUACCUCAGUUCCUCUCUUUGUAGACGGAGUUCUUGGUGAACCAGGAGAUGAGACACUGGUAAUGACUGUGUUUGGUCACGUCAGCCACCGCUCUGAAUGGCAGCUUGUUAAAGUGGAUUACAGAUCCAUCUUCAGCACAAGAUGCAAUGAGAUUGAUUUUCAUUCAUGGGAGCUCCACAAUCAGGGUGAGCCUUGCAUUAUGGGGCAAAUGCGAAUAUACCAGAGACGUCGCCCAGGAACGCAGUGCAUUCUGGGAAAGAAGUACAAUCGGGCUGUUACAUCAGUGCCUUGUAUCUGCACGGACUCUGACUUCGAGUGCGAUUAUGGGUAUGAGCGUCACUCUGACGGAAGGUGCCUACCUGCAUUCUGGUACAAUCCCUCUUUCAUGGCGAUGGAGUGUAUCACGGGGCAGAGCUACCUCAACAGUACAGGUUACAGAAAGGUUGGCUCUAACAAUUGCACCGACGGUGUCAGAGAUCAGUACGCAGCUAAGCAGCAACAGUGUUCAAACCGAGUGCCACGGGGUCUACACCUCAUCACCAGCAACGGCAGACUGGCCACUGAUUCAGGACAAAACAUCACCUUUAUCGUACAUCUAGAGGAGGGAGAUGUACCAAGAACUAGUUUGCAGAUGGAAUUUGGUGAUGGGACAGCGGUGACCUACUCUAAUCUCAGCUUAGUCGAAACUGGAGUCAAACACGUCUACAGACACUGUGGAAUCUUUCGUGUCAUCGCACAAGCAUGGAACAGCCUUGGAUCCACCCGAGCCCAUCUUUUCCUCCAUGUAACUUGUCCUAUUGAGCAUGUGCACUUGACCUUACCUUAUGUUGCAAUCACCAAUCAGCAAGUGAACAUGACAGCGGUGGUGUGGCCCAGUCCCUUUGGCCCUCUUACCUAUUUCUGGUGGCUCGGGAACAAGACUGAGCCCGUCAUCACCCUAGAGGAGAACACUUCCUUUGCAUUCUCUACAGAGGGAAUAAACAGCGUCACGGUGCAGGUAUCUGCUGGGAAUUCCAUUCUGCAAGACAUAAAGAGUAUAGCUGUAUUUGAUUCUUAUCGCUCUUUGUUAUUGUCGUUUACACCAAACUUGGAGGAUUACAACCCGGACAUUCCCGAAUGGAGGCACGAUCUCAGUAAGCUCGUCAAAAGAACUCUGCAACAAGUUACAGCUGUACCUGAACAACAGAUGCUGCUGGCCAUUCUCCCUGGUUUACCAACUGCAGCAGAACUCUACAUCCUGCCACACCAAGGUCCUGCAGAAGAGAAACCAAACCAUUUGGAUUUAGAUGAGAUUUUAGACCUGGUGAUUAAUGCACUGAAUCAGAAUCGGGUUCAGUUUGAGCUCAAGCCUGGUGUUCAGAUCAUUGUCUCCACUGCUCACCUUACUCUAGCCCCUCUUGUGGAUUCUAGCCCAGGACACAGUGGCUCUGCAUUGUUGAUGCUGUUAUCAUUGGCCUUUGUUGGCUUGGCUGUUUUUAUCAUAUACAAGUUUAAAAGUGCUCUGAGCAGCCUUAUUCACCAUGUUGGAGGGAGCGCCAGGGAGGAGUGGCCAUUGCGUACACCUGGAAACAAUCCAACAGUCACUGAAAGCGAGAGCACAAAAGAGAUUCCAAGCUAUGUUUAACACUGGGACCUGCUGAAUCCACAUUGGAGUUCGACUUUUCUAUCC